CAAGUUUACCCAAGAUAGAUGAUGACCUAAAAGGAACUGUAACCAUGAAUGAAGAAAACAUAGAUGGAACAAAUGGAUGCAGUAAAGUCAGAACUGGUACUCAGAAUGAAGCAGCAUUACUUGCUUUGAUGGAAAAGACUGGUUACAACAUGGUUCAAGAAAAUGGGCAAAGGAAAUUUGGUGGUCCUCCUCCAGGUUGGGAAGGUCCACCUCCACCUAGAGGCUGUGAAGUUUUUGUAGGAAAAAUACCUCGUGAUAUGUAUGAAGAUGAGUUAGUUCCUGUAUUUGAAAGAGCUGGAAAGAUAUAUGAAUUUCGACUUAUGAUGGAAUUUAGUGGUGAAAAUCGAGGGUAUGCUUUUGUGAUGUACACUACAAAAGAAGAGGCCCAAUUAGCCAUCAGAAUUCUUAAUAAUUAUGAGAUUCGACCAGGGAAGUUUAUUGGUGUGUGUGUAAGCUUGGAUAAUUGCAGAUUAUUUAUUGGAGCUAUUCCUAAGGAAAAGAAGAAAGAAGAAAUUUUGGAUGAAAUGAAGAAAGUUACAGAAGGAGUUGUAGAUGUCAUUGUUUAUCCAAGUGCAACUGAUAAGAGCAAAAAUCGUGGUUUUGCAUUUGUUGAAUAUGAAUCUCACAGAGCUGCUGCUAUGGCUAGGAGAAAACUAAUUCCAGGUACAUUCCAACUAUGGGGCCAUACCAUUCAGGUAGAUUGGGCUGACCCGGAGAAAGAGGUUGAUGAGGAAACCAUGCAGAGAGUUAAAGUUCUCUAUGUAAGAAAUUUAAUGAUCUCAACUACAGAGGAAACUAUUAAAGCAGAAUUCAACAAAUUCAAACCUGGUGCAGUUGAACGAGUAAAGAAACUUAGAGAUUAUGCUUUUGUUCACUUUUUCAACCGAGAAGAUGCAGUGGCUGCUAUGUCUGUUAUGAAUGGAAAAUGCAUUGAUGGAGCAAGUAUUGAGGUAACACUGGCAAAACCAGUAAAUAAAGAAAACACUUGGAGGCAGCAUCUUAAUGGUCAGAUUAGCCCUAAUUCUGAAAACCUGAUUGUGUUUGCUAACAAGGAAGAGAGCCACCCAAAAACUCUAGGCAAACUGCCAACUCUUCCAGCUCGUCUCAAUGGUCAGCAUAGCCCAAGCCCCCCUGAAAUUGAAAGAUGCACUUAUCCAUUUUUUCCUGGAACAAAGCUUACUCCAAUUAGUAUGUAUUCUUUAAAAUCCAAUCAUUUCAAUUCUGCGGUAAUGCAUUUGGAUUAUUACUGCAACAAAAAUAAUUGGGCACCACCAGAAUAUUAUUUAUAUUCAACAACAAGUCAAGAUGGGAAAGUACUCUUGGUAUAUAAAAUUGUUAUUCCUGCUAUUGCAAAUGGAUCCCAGAGUUACUUUAUGCCAGACAAACUGUGUACUACAUUAGAAGAUGCAAAGGAACUGGCAGCCCAGUUUACAUUACUUCAUUUGGACUACAGUUUCCGUCGCAGCUCAAUAAAUAGUCUUUCCCCUGUUAGUGCUACUCUCUCUUCUGGGACUCCCAGCGUGCUUCCUUACACUUCAAGGCCUCAUUCUUGUCCAGGCUGUCCCUUGUCACCAACGGUAUCACUUGCUAGUGGCAGCCAUGUCGGACAGCGACUCUAUAUCUCCAAUCAGGCCUCAUUCUUCUGAGAAGAUACUGUAAACACGAGUAUGCAAGUUUCUUUGUAAAGCAUGCCAAUUAAAAUACCGUUUUAUUUUAGAAUCGGGUUUGCACAUUUGGUUUUAAAAUGAUAAAUAUAUAUUUAUUUCAACAUAGUAAACAUCAACCAUAAUUCAGAAUAACCUACAGUUGUAGAACUUGGAAAAAUGCUAAGUUUAAAAAGUUAUUCAGUGGUUUCUCUUGAUAAAGGUAUAGCAAACUACUCUUCUUUUUAAACUUUUGGGAUUUUAAGUACUUCUAAUUCCUGAGUGGGCAGUAGAACCCAAUAGUUUAUGUUAAAUUUUUGCAUAAUAACUUUGCCAAAUAGCAUUUCACAAAUUAUUUAAGCACUUGCAGACAAUCGUUAUCCUAGAUUUGAUUACCAAGGAUCACUUAUCUGUAUUAGAGAUUAUAACAGUUAUGUAACCAGAAGCAUCUAUUAUGUAGAAAGAAAUGAAGGGCAAAAAGAUUAAGAUACAGAUUUUAUGCAGUACUAAAGGAAAAACAGUCUACCAUUGUGGUCCUUGAAAAUAACUCUAAAUAUUUUAGUUAAUUAUU